AUGUACAGGAACGGUUUCCUCAGCGUCCCCUAUCCAACCUGCGAGGUUUUCAUAGACGUUACGACCUCUAGACAGACCUCGCCAUCAUGCCAGAAUGGAGGAACCCUUGAUGAUGAUGCCUGUCUCUGUCUGCCUGCCUUUACAGGAGGGAUCUGUGAGACCAGGAUAGAAGACUGUACAGACGUUUCCCUGUACGUUGGUAAUUCUACUGGCACCUACACAGUCUGGCCGACCAAAGCCGCACAACCUUUUGACUUGGAAUGUCAAGGAGUCACCGCCAUGAUCAUGUUCAGGGACAAAACCAUCAGUGGCUGUGAGGCUGCGCCCGUGACAUACCUCGACGUUCCCUGGGCCGACUACAAGUCUGGUUUCACCCACUCCAACUGUUACAUGUGGCUGGGUCUGGAGAAGAUGCAUGCUCUGACCAGCAAGUUUGACGGCACUCCCGGACAAAUAUCUUACAACGCCUUCUCCGUGGGUGACGAGGCCUCGGAGUAUCAGCUGUCGGUGUCGGGGUUCACUGGGGAUGGCGUUUUCGGAGACCGCUUCAACCUCGGGGACCCAGCUACAACCCUGGAUGGGAGUCACUUCUGUGCCAAGGAUCACUGCAACAACUCAGUCAACCCUUGUGCCGAGUAG